AUGCGUUUGGGAACCUUUUCGCUGCUCGCUCUGGGAGCGACGACGGCGAACGCAAUCCGCGACACCUCUCCCUUUUUCCUAGCAUCGACCUCCCAGAUCCCUUCUACGUCGGCACAGCUGCGGACUGCUCCCGCUAUCUUAGAAGAUCUAUCCACGGGGCUGAGUGGCUGCCCUUCCGACUACUAUGUUAUUGCUUCUCAGCCCGGUGUGCACAGCACCGACUUCGCUACUCGCCAGUCCGCACCGCGUCUUGGUGGGAAGAUGACGGGGAAGGACAAGAACAUCCGGACAAAGACGAUUGUGAAUGAAGUUGUGGGCGAGAUAGAGGCGAAGGAUGUCCAGAAGUUGCUCGAGAAGGAGUGCGGGGCUGAAUCGACCGUGAUGGACGCUUCCUCUGAUUCUCACUCUGCCGACUUCGAUGCGGAGUCCCGCAUCAUCGUUGUUGACUUGCCUGUCCUGCCUGCGGGACAUGAUCGGAAGAAGCAGCUUUCGAACAACGAUGGCUUGCUCUUCAAUGUCAUUGACCGGCUCCCGGAGUCCAAGGGCUACACGAUCCUUUACGUCACUUCCCCGAGGGAACUUGAAGACACCGGUUCCGAUUUCUACCAAGCGGAACAGGAUCCCCUUCACAUGGACCUCAAGCGCGACUACUCUGCUCAUGACAGUCAAUCUUCGUCCAACAAGACUCUUUUCCAGGAAUACCAGUUCUUUACACCCGGCAUUUGGAUGGGACUUCUCGCGACCCUGGUGUUCCUGAUGAUCUUCUAUGUCGGACUGUCUGCUCUUUUGAGCUUGGAGGUUCCCUAUGCAGCAUUCGAGAAGGACACAUCGGCCGCUGUGCAGAAGAAGCAGCAGUGA